CAUGGGUAGUGAAGUGAGAGCAAGUCAUGAGCUACUCCAAGCACAAGCCCACAUUUGGAACCACAUUUUCAGCUUCAUAAAUUCUAUGUCCCUCAAAUGUGCAGUUCAAUUAGAUAUCCCAGAUGUCAUCCAAAAACAUGGCCAACCCAUGACUCUUUCCGAGCUUGUCUCCGCCCUACCAAUUUCCCCAACAAAAGCUCAUUUCAUCCCACGCCUCAUGCGAAUCUUAGUCCACUCCGGCUUCUUUGCCAGAGAAAGUCUGAGUGGCGGCGGCGAACAAGGUUAUGUACUAACAGACGCCUCCGCACUCCUCCUGAAAGACAAUCCCAUGAGCGCAAGGCCCUUCUUACUUGCCAUGCUCAAUCCCAUCUUAACCGAUCCAUGGCAGUCUUUGACCACUUGGUUCCAAAAUGACAAUCCUACGCUGUUUCACGUGGUGCAUGGGAUGACAUUUUGGGAUUAUGGGAACCAGGACCCGAUUUUGGAGUGUUGGUUGGACGUGUCGACAAGACCCAAAUAG